AUGUCUUUGCGCGGGCCCAUGAGGCGGUCGCAUCUGCGGCAGGUGAGCGCUGCGAGCCUGGAGACCAUUUCCACCGUCAACUCCCGGGAGACGGCACGCCGUGAUCGAGACCCGACACUGGACGAGAGGAUUGUCCGUGGGCCCUCCACGCAAUUGACGCGGCGCCAAUGCACCCUUUGGGUUCAUGAUGAGAUGUUUUCACGCGAGGAGAUCCUGCUGAAUCAAUCGGCGUUCGGCGAGACUGGCGUGCAGGUCGGCGACGUGGUCGAGAUUCUGCCCAUCCGCGCAUCUGGAGACACGGUCCACUCCACUCUGAAGCCAGAAGCCGCAGUCAAAACGGCUCGUGAAGGCUCUGCUGAGUUGAAUACGACACUCCAGGCACACGAUUCUUCCAAGUUUAAGACUCCAUUGCAGACUCGUUGUUUGUUCGUGGUGAAGCCCCUCCCGCAGGACAUUAGGCAUCCUCAGUUGGAGAUAUCCGUGACGAAUAAUGUGGCCAAUAUAUUUGGUCUCAAUAACAGAUCGCAGGUUUUGCUCUCAGUUGUUGACCGCGAGCAAUGUGCCGCAUCUCAUGUCGAUAUUGCCUUCCGCGACCAGUUCAUGGUCCGCUCGGACAUGUGGAGACUGGUCAUGUCUGAACUUGUAGACAAGAUUAUCUACAAGGGACAGAAGAUCAUGUUCAUGGGCAGCAUCAAGGCUACCAUCAAGAACAUUUUCAUCAGGGAGAAGAAGGUCCUCUCAGGCUACUUUUCUCCCCACACCAUCCCGGUCUUCCGCAGCGAAUCAGCCAAAUACGUUCUCUUCAUCCAGAUGUCGAGAGAAAUGUGGGACUUUGACUCGGAAGGGACAGGCGACAUCCUCUUCAGCAGGGUCAUUAAUGGCUUCUUGCCGGAGCUUUUCAAGCGUUGGGCAAGUUCGGAAGCGAAACAUCUUGUCACCAUCGUUCUCUUUACUCGGGUCGAAUAUGACCCAUCCACCAUCCCUAGUCUCUCGAAGCUCAACUCGGGCAACCUGAAGAGUUCGUCUAGUGUGAACAACGUUCCAACCCGCGAUUUUUAUCGAGUAGUUGUCAACGACAUGGCAAGCGGCCACUGGACCACCAUUUUGGACGAAUUGAAAAAGGAUUUCAGGUCCUUCUUGAGGGAUGUCUCGAUGUUAAGGGCGGAUGACAUUGAUGCGCCAAUUGGCAGCGGACUCAAGCAUUCUUCCAAGCCGCAUACCGCGACCAUUGCCGGAAGACCUAGCUCGGCUCUGCGUGGUAACAUUCUGGAAGCAAUUCACCUUGCCUCUGCGCACUUAGCUUAUGACCAUAUUGACCGAGACAUGGUUCAUACUGGUACUUCAAUUAUUGUUAUCACACCCGGCAGUGGCGUUUUUGAGGUAUCGUACGAAUCUCUGGUAUCUACGACUGAGGCACUUACAAACCGCGGUAUUGCCAUCGACUUGGUCUGUCUGAGCCCAAUGCCUCUCCACUCUGUUCCUCUCUUCAAGUACCGCGAGCCAGUGGAUCAACCAACCAGCGCUGCAUCCAACUCAGGGGAUGUACACCGGUCGGGUACGUCACCCGAGAUCCAUCAUUCAAUGUCCAGCCUUGUCAGCAGAACUUCUUACCUUUCUCCUGGAUCAUAUCUUUCCACAUCAAGAAUAAGGGGUCAAACGAAUUCCCAAUCUAGGGACUGGAGUUAUGGCAUUCCUCAUUGGCUUGAUGUCUCUUAUUGGAACCCUGAAACAUACCGAGAAGCUCGACGGAUCCUCAAGAAAGACCCCAACGCGCCUAUUCCUUUUACUGUUACUCGCCCAUCAAAGGCAUUUACUCCUCGAGUAAGGAUGUAUGAGAUCCAAAUGAUGGGAAUUAUGGAAAGCGAGCAAUCGAACAUUUCCAUACCUUACCUCUUGGAAGGACACGGUGCGUCAAGGUCGCGAAAUUUCUGGUCUGGGUAUACUCCAGCCGCUCGUGGACCUACCAAAACUCGCUUUGCACCCUCACCGAUGAAAGUACAAUUCGGUGAUAGUUUGCGACCCGAGCCAUUUCUCCAAAGUGUUGCAAACCAAACCGAGUUGCAGGCUCGUGCUCCACAAGAAUCACGAAAGGACGUGAUAUCUUGGAUGGAUAAUUAUGAUGAAGCUGUCUUCAGUCCAUAUCCAAGACGGAAGCAAGCCCUGAAGUCCUCAAAACAGAAGCGCCUUAGUGAGCCGGAGGUUCAAGCGGCGGGUGCACAUGAACGGCUAUCUGCACGGUCGAUCUCUCGGCUGAGAGAGCAUGAGAAGAGUGUGUCCGAGUCCAGUUAUUCUCCGGGAGGUCCUCGAAAGAUCGAGACCCCUUCGGCAGCUCCUCAGAGUCCUGUCUCGAUCAAAGGCUCUCCUGCGAAAACCCCAACAUUGAAAGUCGCACCAGCAGCCUCGCGAAUUUCCAGAACGAUCAGUUUUGCGCUUCUGGGCUUGAGUGCCACUCCUCCAAGAGCCCAGGCAAGCACAGGAGUCAAUAUAGCGCACGCCAGUGCUUUACCAAUGACAAAUCAAAGGGCGUCUGGGAUAGCUCUUUCCGAUUCACGGAGCGUUACCUCUUUGAGUCCCUCAGAAAUGACAUCAACUUCCACUGUCGUUGAUCCGUCAUCAAGACCUUCCACACCUCCAAGAUCCUCACAGGACACCAGAGUGACACCAUCCAAGCCAAUAUCCAUUAGGCCCCCAACAAAGAAGUCUCCAGAGAACCCAGAACAGCCUGCACGUGCCCGCACCCGUGGGUCAUUAUCUACGUCUGCUGCAGAUGCCCCAUUCAACGAGGACAGCCAUGGAGGGGAUCAAAGCCGAGCUCACAGUCCCAAAUUUGAGUUCAAGAUGAAUCCCAGCUUGCGCGAGGUAUCCACAAAACCUUCGGCGAGCAAAGCUUUGUCUCCCUGGGUCCGAUCUGUCAAUCCUUGUAAUACCCCCAAAGGCGUUUUGCGUAACACUACCUGGUUUGGUCGCUGGCAGCAUGCAUAUCCCAGACCUCCGCACGUUGCGGUUGUCAAAUGGAAAAGCUUGAAAUCCCCUGCAGUGCUACCACUGACAACCGAGGAGUUCCCGACGGCUGUUGAACUAUCGUCUGAUUACCUGCAAACGCCCUACCGUGUGUUUCCAAACGAGGAGGCAGAAGGUACUGAAGCGCCGAAAACACGGGGUAUUCUUCUGCGAGAAAUGAUUUCUCUGCGUCUUUCUCAUGGAUUUCAACUGGUCGUUGGAAAGGGUGUGGCCGAGGUCUCAGGACAGCCCGCUCUUGCAACCUUCAACGUCUUCGAUUGCCUAGGUCUGGAGCGGGAUGGAGUUACCGUAUUCCUGUCCAAGGGUAACCUGAUUCAUCGUUUGGUUUGUGUGGAUGGCGCUGAGGUAGAGGUGACACGGUUCACUCAUCAGACAUCGGCGACGCUCACGUCUCCUCGGAAAUCUACCUUCACCCUAUACCAGCCAGCCAUGAGAACAAUUCUGAGCCCGGAAUAUGAAUUGAAAGACAUCAAACUCGAUCCUACAGCGGAGGAGUACAACUGGAACUAUGCCGACAAUUAUGUGGCCGGGCAUCGCGACUAUCUCCAGAACCCCGCACAACAGCUACACUUCUGGCGAGUGCGAUAUGUGUUGAUCCCGAUGCAUCUCCAUGUCAACUCCCGUCGCCACCUGCAAUCUUUCAAUGAGGACAACGAAGAAGAAAUUCAUAUCCUUGGUAUCAGCCAACUGACUUCUAUCUGGCAACGGCACAAGUACAUAUCUUCGGAAGAAAAACGGUUCGAAACAUCCAAUCCCAAGAGAGACCAGAACCCCCUCAACAUCAUGUACCAAACGCGGAACCCGUCGGAAGUGGUUGCGGCCGAACUCGAUCGAUUACUACUCACCGACCCGGGGCUUGACAACCCGCCCGCUCAGCUGUUACCCGAGUCUGAGUUACUGGAUAGAUCUAGCAUCAACUUGUCCUCAUUGGCCCAUAUCAUUCAAGGCGACAAGGGUGUACGAAUGAUGGAUCGACGAUGGCAUUGGAGGCUACAUUACAACUGCUUUAUUGGCUUUGAAUUUACCAGCUGGCUACUGCAGAACUUCCGUGGUAUUGACACUCGGGACGAAGCGGUUGACUUUGGCAAUGAGUUGAUGAAGCAUGGUCUGUUCCAGCACGUGGAAAAGAGACACAAUUUCCGAGAUGGUAACUACUUCUAUCAAAUCUGCGCCGAUCAUCGAGUUUCACGCCCAGAAUCUCGAGGCGGUUGGUUCCCCCAGCUACGAUCUGAUAAAGAUAAAUCAUCGAUGCCAUCGACACCCGCCAUAGGCAAUGCGAAGGACUCCCCUUCAAGCCUCCACGCUCGAUCCGACAGUAUUGAUGAACGAGCGCCGCCAACGCCCAGCACGCCGUCAAAGUCCAAGAACAAAGUGGCCAUCAUGCUUUCCAAAUGCUUGAAGUAUGAUGUUGACCCGCGCAAGCGCUCAAACCGACCAGAAGUGAUUGACCUUCACUAUGAUCGGCUCCACAAUCCUGAGAACUGCUUUCAUAUUGAGCUUAGUUGGAUGAGCACAACUCCGAAGCUGAUUGAAGAUACCGUGCAUUCGUGGGCUUCGACUGCUGAGAAGUUUGGGCUCAAAUUGGUACAGGUGCCGGUUUCCGAAGGCUCUGCCAUCGACAAGACACAGCCGUUCCGCAAGCCAUAUCGAAUCAAACUGACAGUACCCCCACCCAAAGGACCUGCACCUACUGUCUUCAAUCAGACAUCGUUUGCUCAACCUGGGCCUCCAGAUCGUCAUUACUAUCAGAAACAUAUUCUCCGCAAAUUCGACUUUGUGCUCGACUUCGAGGCAUGCUCUGCGUUCCCGGCAGAUGUAGAAGUCUCGUACUCCUGGGGAAAACCGGACUACCUUUAUUCGCAAUUCAUCCACCGGUCCGGAAGUAUCAUAGCCCAAAUCACAGAUGAGGGAGAGUUUCUGCUCCUCGCCAACAGGCUGGUCAGCACUCGCGGCACCGUGAGUCGGGACACCGCUCGCCAUGAGCAUCACGGGCGACCAGAAUAUCGAACCCGUGCCGCCACCCACGAUGGACUCGACCGUGCCUCUCCCCGGCUAUCACCGAUCACUCGCCCGCUACUCGAGGUCGGCAGUCCCAUACCCUCGCAACCGAUCGACUCUGGGAAUCUGUAUCGAGCGCCCGAACACGUCCUCAACGGCCUAAUUGAAUUUUGCAGUGAUCCCGCACAACUAGUGCAGUUCUACAGCGUGGCACAUGCACGUCCUAUGUCUACGAAGGUUGAGCCCGCCGCUACGCACGUCACAGACUCGUCGAUUCCGUCGCUCGAGCUUCCUGCCAGUGUGGUCAGCCACCACAUUUCGCCACCACCAGUCUUAGGUUCGAGGGAGACCGAAUCAAGAGAUUUCCGUGAAGGAGGAGGUGUUUUGUCUCCCGAAGCUGUGCGGGCCCGGGCUCGUGCUGAAAGCUUGAGCUAUAAAGGGAGUCCUCGGAGUGGUGGUCUGCGGCCGUUGCCGUUGAGCUGA